AUGACUGCUAUGAUUUUCAGUAUAUGCAUAUCCGCACUUCUCUUGUGGGUAAUCAAAAGAUUGCUAAAGUUCUUCGUCGUUGGAAAACAACGGAACUACCCUCCUGGGCCGACCCCAAAGCCGUUUAUUGGAAACUUACUCGAUUUCCCAACUACCAACGCUGCACUAGUAUACGCGGAAUGGGGAAAGAAGUACAACAGUCCAAUUGUUCAUGCCGAAGUCCUGGGUAAUCAUGUCGUCGUCAUCAACAACAUUAAUGUCGCAGAAGAACUACUCGAACACCCUGAAAGAGCGAGGAUCUACGCAGAUAGGCCAGCAAAGCCUGUCACAGACUUGAUGGGUUGGAAUAUUAACGUAGCCGUGAUGCCGUACGGAGAAGAAUGGAGGAAACGGAGGAAAGUAUGCCAAAAGCACUUUAACCUCGAUGCGUCCAAGAGCUACGAACCACUCCAAAUUGCGCAAGUCAGGAAACUCCUCCAAGGCCUCCUCGAUUCCCCGGAACAAUUCGAUGCCCAUAGCAAGAUGUUCUCUGCCGCCUUGACAAUCAAGAUGAUGUAUGGAUACGAUAUCGCAGAUCUCAACGAUCCAUGCGUGACUCUAGCUGACGAGGCGCUUUCCCUUGGAACUCGAUUGGUAGUACCAGGUGCCAAUCUCAUAGACAUAUUUCCACCCCUGCGACAUGUCCCCGCAUGGUUCCCGGGCGCAUCAUCUCAAAAAAAGGCUGCAAUAAUUCGUCGUAUGACAGAUGAGGUUGUACGAUUGCCACUGGAUUAUGUGAAAAAGAGUUUCAAAGACGGCACGGCUGUACCAUCUUUGGUUCGCGAAUUUUAUGAAAAGCAACAGACGACAGCUAGUUCUCAGGAAGAGGAAGACAUCAUAACAAGUGUUGCAUAUACCGUGUACGGAGCUGCGUCAGACACUGUAAGAUCUUUCUUUUACCUAAUGGCCGUAAAUCCAGACACUCAAAAGAAGGCUCAACUCGAGAUUGACCGAGUAAUUGGUGCCAAACGUCUUCCGGUCCUUGCGGACAGGGCGUCGCUUCCUUAUGUUGAAGCGAUUUACAGAGAAGUUCUGCGCUUGAGGCCUCCUUUUCCUCUUGGCAUACCUCACUGUCUCAUGGAAGAUGAUCACUACAGGGGUUACUUUAUGCCUAAAGGAACAAUUGUCCUCACCAAUACAUGGGCUAUGUCGUACGACGAACAAGUCUAUCCAGAACCGCAAGCUUUUUUCCCAGAAAGAUAUUUUGUAGAAGGCAAGCUCGACAAAGAAAGAAUACUUGCAUACGGAUUUGGGCGAAGGAUAUGUGCCGGCAAACAUGUGGCUAGUUUGUCUGUUUGGCUGAUGAUUGCCUCGGUUUUGGCAACCUUCACUAUCACCCCUAGAAAAGAUGAAAAUGGGAACGACAUAGAAAUCAAUGGCGAUAUCGAAGAUCACGGUCUUAUGAAUCAUAAGAAGAAAUUUGAUUGCCCAAUUCUUUACGCCGAAGCCUUGGGAAUUCGUUUCCUCGUUCUCAAUGAUGCUGCAGAUGCAGCUCAGUUGCUAGAGAGCUCGUCCCGUGCAAAAAUCUACGCCGACAGGCCUUUGAUACCUAUUGUUAAAGUUAUGGGUUGGGAGAAGAAUGUGGCGAUUAUGCCAUAUGGCGACGCCUGGAGACAACAUAGGAGGGUCAUUCAAAACAACUUCAACAACCCCAAAGCGGUACAAAAGUUUGAGCCCAUUCAAACCAAGAAGAUUCGCCAACUAUUGCAAGGACUUUUAAACACACCUGAAAAAUUUGAAGCGCAUAGCAAAAUGUUUUCUGCUUCGCUGACAAUUGCAUUGAUGUACGGAUACGAGAUCAAAUCACUCGAUGAGCCCUGUGUCACAAUGGCAGAUGAGGCACUUUCGCUGGGAGCUCGAUUACUUCUACCUGGUGCCAGCUUGAUGAACGCCUUUCCGGUCCUCCGACAUGUACCUGAAUGGUUUCCGGGUGCCUCUGCGCGGAAGAAGGCUGGUGUAAUACGUCGUAUGACUGACGAAAUUGAGACAGGUACCGUAGUGCCGUCUCUAGUUGCUGAUUUCUACGAGAAGAUGUAUACUGUUGGAGCAUCCGAGGUCGAAGAAGAAAUGAUAAAAAAUGUGGCAUAUACGGUGUACGGAGGUACGUAA